AUGACGGUCGAAAGGACAGCUUAUCGCAAUCAAAACAAAAAUAACCAAGACAAUGCUAGUACCAACGAGAAUACAAGAAAUAUAGCCGCACUGACUUCUCUGGUUGGAGAUUUGACCAACCGUUUGACUGCACCAACCAAAAUCACACAAGAUACCGCUGCUACUCAAAUCUCCCAAGUCACUACUGGCACCAACGGGCGCUCCAUUAUUGGAGGACGUCUACAACAAGCCCAAGAGCGACAAAAUGGAGGAAGUGGGACAACGCAAAGGCUUGGUGUCCAAGAACCUGUGGCUGGCACUUACGCCGACAAUGAAAUGGAUACAAACGCUGACACUCGUUGCUUGGGUAGCAAUUUCAUCAUUACUGCUUACACACAACGCUCGGCCAAUGUAUACGCUUAUGAUUCCAGUCUACCGCCAACACAUGUUCCAAUUGUUUCAGGGGCGACAGCAUAUGAUUGUCCAGAAACCGGUUCUACUUUUAUUUUGAUCAUAAACGAAGCGCUCUACUAUGGAAACAAGUUGGACCACUCCUUGUUCAACCUAAAUCAGAUUCGAAGUUACGGUACUCCUCUUUGGGAUAAUCCAUAUGAUGAUAUGCAUGCAAUUGGGAUUGAGGCUACGGACUUGUUCAUACCACUACUAUCAAGGGGCACCAAGCUACUCUUUGGCACACGUGCUCCCACUAAGCAGGAACUGGAAACGUGCCAUCAUAUUGAGCUCACAAGUAAAGUGCCAUGGGAGCCGUCAACUGUGCAACUUGGGAAACUCUCCACGCGACGAAAUACUCCUUUUGAAGAUCCACGAUCAAAUGAAUCUGAAAUGCGCAGUUUAGAUCCUGUGCAACACAACAUACAACAAUGGCGUGUUGUACAACAAAUCAGGUUUCAAGAUGUUCCAGUCCGGCAAUCAUUUAUAUCAACUGAACGGCACUCCAAAGUCACCGCAGAGAAUCUUUCUGAACGCUUGGGAAUCAGCAUUGGUCAAGCAAGAGCUACAUUAAACGCAGCCCUGCAACGUGGAACCAGAUCAGCUAUUAUGCCACUUGCAAGGAGAUAUCGAGCCGAUUGGAUGUUUGAACGUCCACAAUUGAAGGGAAAAUUUUCUACUGAUACUGCCUACUUCAAACGAACUUCUCUUCGCGGUAACAUUGUUGGACGUAUUGAUAUAUUGAGCAAUCAUAUUGGUCGAUUAUUGAUCAAUGGUCUAUGUGACGUGACGCGGCAGUGA